CUGACUGAAGAGCAGCCAACAGCAGCCAGUCUGGUACCAGGUUUGCCCUCCUGAGGGGUGGCUGGGAGCCGGGUGGGUGGCUCAGCUUUUUCCCUUGGGAAGUGGACUGGAGGAAGGCUUGGCUUAUAAAGCCAGGGGAUGUGGAGAAGAGGCUGCCCCUAGCCUUUCUCUGGCCCUCCAAGCCAUGCCUCCCAGAGGCGCUUGAUAGCCAGCUGCCUGUGGCCACCCCACCCUCCAUGCCACCCUGAACUCUGGAUCCCUUCAGAGGCCCCUUCAGAGUCAGACUAGCCCUCUGGUGCUGGGGAGCCACUCACACUAGAGCCCCCUUUCCCACUGCCACCUCUCCCUCCCUCUGGCCCUCGGUCGGCAUCUGGCAAGGGCCCUCCCACCCCCUCCACCCGCUGGCUGGAUGAUCUGACUCUUCCCCUGCCCACCACGAUUGCCGUCCAGAUGCCCUGGAUCCUGCUCACACUGCUGCUAUUCGGGGACGCUGUGGAAAUGUUCGCCCUAAACCACAGCAAGAAACAAGUGGGGGUUGGACUGAAGGAGAACUGCACUGGCUGUUUGAUCUGCUCAGAGGAGAACGGCUGUUCCACCUGCCAGCCACGACUUUUUCUCCACAUCCGCCGAGAUGGGAUCCGCCAAUAUGGGAAGUGCGUGCACGACUGUCCCCAUGGUUACUUUGGUGUGCGUGGCCACGAGGUCAACAGAUGCAAAAAAUGUGGGUCCACCUGUGAGAGCUGUUUCAGUCAAGACUUCUGCAUUCGGUGCAAAAAGAGGUUUUUUUUGCACAAGGGGAAGUGUGCCCCCACCUGCCCACCAGGCACCAUUGCCCACCAGAGCACGUGGGAAUGCCAAGAGGAAUGUGAAUUUGGACCCUGGAGCACCUGGAGUCCCUGCAGCCAGGAUGGGAAAACCUGCGGGUCAGCCUGGGGCCUGGAGACUCGGGUACGAGAGGUCAGCCGAGGCAGUCGGGAGGAGGGGGCAGCGGCCUGCCAAGCCCUGUCUGAGUCAAGAAACUGUGCCAUCAGGAGGCACUGCCCAGGAGAGAAAAACCUGACCCGAAAGCGGGGGAAGAAGGAAAGGAAACAUAGGAAAGAGCGAAAGAUGGAGCGUUCCCACUGAACGCCACCUCCUCCUGGCACAGGGAAUUCUGGGCCAGGAAAAGAAAGGGGCAGCACUGACUCAGCCACCCAUCAGUGGCUCCCCACUCAUCGGGCCCUUUCCAUCCAGGGAAGACUGAACACUCUUCUCAUUGCCCCUUUCUCCUUUCUUUCCUUCCCCUUCCUUCCUGUCUUCCUUCCUUUGUUUUUUCUCGCCUUCCUUUUUUUAUCCCUUCCUCUUUCCUCAUUUAUCCU